AUGUUUUCAUAAAUAAAGUAUAAGUAAUUAGAAACAGAAUUGACCGAACACGAAGUCCAACGACUUCCAUCAACAAAUAAUGAUGAAGCACAUUCAAAUUAGAUACCUGUUAGGCCUGAAAAUAAAUACAAAACAUUGCUAAUGCUUAUAUUCUAUAUUGGGUCCUUUUUCAAAUUUAAUGAUGAAACUCUAAUUUUUAUUGGGAUUUAUCUUCUAAUGCUAUUGAAUAAUCGACAGAACAUAUCUGAUUUAGUUUUUGCAGUUGUAGCUUUGAUCUUAGGUUUUGGUCAUCUAUUUUUUGGUUACAAUUUAUUAGGAAUGACUUAAAUUAUCAUGAGUAUAGAUAUACUUACUUUCCCUUUUUCGUAGAGAAUGAUAAGAGAAAUUAAAUUAGUGUGGUCUGAAAUAAUGAAUUUGGCAAUCACUAUGUUUUUCAUUUUAUGUAUAUGUGCAUAUUCAACAACUGCCUAUUAUUAUGAUAACAAAAAAGUUGAAAUAUUUUAUGGCACAUUCAGUAGAUCAGUGCUAACAUUUGUUUAGACUCUAAGUUUGGAUGAUUGGGCUUAGAUAGGAAGAGAGUCAGAUGAUUUAGUUGGAUAUUUUAUAUUGUGUAUUUAUAUUCUACUUAUGACAUAUUUCUAUUUAAACAUAAUGAUGGGUAUUUUGAUUGAGACACUGUAAUUUGAGAAAAAAGGUAAUCACUUAGAUGACCCAUUUAAUUAUGAAAUAAAUUAACAAUAAAUAUUAUCGGAAUUAGUAAAGGAGUAGAAUUUAUUUGAUAAAUGCAUUAUUGGUAACUAUUAUCAAUAUAUCGUAUUCAUUAUUAGUUUUGGAGGGAUAUUUAUAUCAAUACUUGAGAAUUUUGAUCAUGGAGACAGUACAAGUGAAUUAGUGAUAGAAUUGAUAGAUGAUGGGUUAUACACAAUUCAUUUUAUUAUAUUAAUUCUGAAGAAGGGACCAAUUUAUGAUUUAGAAAGAAACAAUAAAAUUAUGAUGCUGUUGCAUUUCAUAGCUGGACCAUUAUCAUUAAUCUACUCAUUGAUAUUCCUUGAAAUUGGUUGUCUACUGAAUUUACUAAAAAUUGCCACUACUCCAUCAGUCAAAGGAAUAUUCGUUGGCACAAUAGACAUGUUACCAUUUCUGAUGCCUUAAUUCACACAACUCUUUGGAAUUAUAAUGUUCAUUGCUAGCAUUUUGACUUCUAAUUAUUCUGCAUACACAGGAUUAAAAUAAUAAAAGUAUUUCUCAUCUUUUUGGGGUUCCUUCUACACUCUUGUUUAAAUCAUGACUUUGGAUGAUUGGGGAAAUAUAGUUGAACCAAUGUAUUCAAAACAUGGAUAUAUACUACCAUAUAUCAUUAUACCUAUUUACAUAUUUUUAAGUAAUUUUAUCAUAUUAAAUACCUUAAUUGCAUUGAGUUGCGAAUAUUUUGUUGAGGUCAAAUAUUAUUCUAUUGAAAAAGAAUAAAACUAUGUUAGAUGUUCUCAAUUUGUUGGUAUCGAUGAAUUGAUGAAUUAUUGUAAAUAAAAUUAAAUGCACUUUAAUAUACCCACUGUCAUCGUUGGUCACCAUGAUCAAUUGAGUGCCAAGAUUAAACCGGACACUAUAAUUUAAAUUGAAUAUGGAAAUCUUUAAUUUACUGCUAAGGUAAUUUUAUAAUCUGAAGCGUUAUGA